GUUUGGUUUGUGUUGAUUGUUUUGUUUUGAUGCACUUUUAAGAGUUUUGAGUGCCUUUGGCAAUCUUUUAGUAGUUAGAUAUAUUUAUUAUCAACCGAAAUUAUGAAGCUGCAUGAGCCAGUGUCGGUGCGGGCAUUUAGAGCAAUACAAUUUGUUGACAGUGAACUUUUAAAUCAACUUUCCGAAGCAGAACUAGUACCGCUUCUGCCGUGUCUUGUGCGCAUGUCCCUAUGUGCGCCCCAAGAUAAGAGUGAAGACUGGGUGAAUGAAAAGAGAGUAAUAUUAAAGUUGCUUAAUGGCUUGGAGGUUGUCAACGCUUUGGUCGGGCUCUUGUCAAUAGACUUUCACGAACUAGAUCAGGAUGCACGAAAAGAACAACAACUACGGCAGAAAAUCGGAGGCAACAAGUCGGAGAGCAUCCUGGCGAGUUCUCUGCAACAUGGCCUGGCGCUGGAGUUUGAACGUAGCGAGCCUAGCAGAAGGAUGAGACUUCUACUCAGUGAGCUGCUGCUUGUUAUGUCACAGAUGAAAGAGCAUCAUACAGAAUUCUACAUAAAGCAUUCCGAGUUGUUCGAUAAUGAAGUUUACUUGAACGAUGUAUCGGACGUUCUCUGUAUCAUGCAAGCAGAGCUGCCUGCACUUUUACCACUCCCGGACUUAUCUGAGGCGUUGUUACACGUAUCCAACGGACCAUGGCUCUUGUGCAGGCUUGUGGCCAAUGCAGCGGAAAGUUUUGAUGAAGUAUGUGAAUCACUGGUAGCCAGUGGAGAGAAGCAGGAUGAGGAGUCACCAGGGGGCGCUGUGAGAGGGAAGGCGCUACGAAUGCUUGGCAAGAUGAAUCCAGCCGGAGCGCUGAACAUCAGAGCUUGGACUAUUGAACACUGCCGCCUUCCCGGCCUGGCCGUCGCACUCACGCUGGACCACUACAAGAUGGCAGCACUGGAGGACGACAUCGACGGCGGUAACCACGGCGACUGCUCCAGCGACCUGGUGGCCUUCAUCAGCGGCCUGUUGCUUGGCAACGACGUCAACGUGCGCGUCUGGUUCGCGCAGUACAUUCGCGGUGCGCAGAAGAAGCGGCGUGACGGCAGCUGCGCGCUGACGUCUCUACGGGAGGAGCUAACGCUGGAGCUGCUGAACGUGACGCCGCCGGCGGACGGCGUGCUGCCUCAUCGUCACGUCGUGCAGGCGAGCUGCCUGCUGCGUCUAUACUGCGCCCUGCGAGGCAUCGCCGCGCUCAAGCUGAGCGAGGAGGAGACGAAGCUGCUAGUGCAGCUGGUGACGAGUCGUCCGCCGCCGACGUCUGCCGGCGUGCGCUUCCUCUCGCUGGGGCUGUGCAUGCUCAUCGCGUGUCCGAUCCUCAUCACAAACCCGGAGGAAGAGAGGCGCGUCGUGCAGUGGAUCCGCUGGUUCCUCGCCGAGUCGGCGAGCUUCGAGAGAGCUAGUGGUGUGGAUGCCAGCUUCGGGGAGUUGCUGUUGCUGUUGGCCAUCCAUUUCCAUGGCAACCAAACGAAUGCUAUCAUUGACCUCGUCUGCUCCACACUGGGAAUGAAGAUCGCGGUGCGCAUCAGCGCGAUGGGUCGUAUCAAGGCUGUCUUCACUCAGGAGAUUUUUACGGAGCAGGUGGUGACGUCUCACGCGGUCAGGGUGCCUGUCACGCCCGACCUCAACGCGACGAUGACCGGAUACCUGCCUGUCCACUGCAUCCACCAGCUGCUGAAGAGUCGCGCCUUCACCAAACACAAGGUUCCCAUCAAGGACUGGAUCUGCAGGCAGAUUCGUGAGGCGAGCACGCCGCUGCACCCGCUGCUGCCGCCGCUGCUGCAGUCCUACGUCACCUCCGUCAUCGUGCCGCCAGCGAAGGGCGACUACAAGCAGACUAACGAGGCGAUCAGCGAACGAGAGGUCCUCGACGCGUUCCGCUGCUCCGCGCUCAUGCAGCACGACGACGACGAUGACGACGACGCGGUCGUCACGGCGACCGUCGAGCGGACGUCGUCGGGGGCGACGGCGCAGCUGCUCAUGCUCUACUACCUGCUGCUGUACGAGGACUGCCGGCUCGCGAACACGCGCGCGCUGCUCGCCGCGGGGCGCCGGGGGGCGCCACCGUACCCGCCGCAGCUGUUCGUGCAGCUGCCUAUGAAACACCUGAUACAGCGUGCGCAGCGGCAGCAGCAGCUCUACGCGGGGCUGUUCGCGCCCCUGCUGCGCCUGCUCGCGACACACUACCCGCACCUGUGCCAGGUUCAGGACUGGAUGUCGGAGGACAUCGAGAUGUCGCAGCUUGAGGUGCAGAUGGCGCCACCAUCGCUGCCCUGCACGGUCGCCGCGGUGAAGGCGGCGCUGGACGAGGCGGCCCGGCGGCCCGCGCGGGCCGUCAUCCUGCUCGAGCAGCUCGCCGCGCGGCCCGCGAGCCGCCUCCUGCCCUACGCAGACUGCAUCGUCGGUGCGAUGGCGCGGCUGCUAGGGGGCGCUGCUCCGCGCCGCACGCUGGAGCUGCUGCGGCGGCUCUGGGUGAAGCUGAACACGGUGAUCCCGCUCAAGCUGAGCGUGAUGACGGUGAACGCUCUGCGGCGGCGCGGCGCGGGAGGCGGGGACGGCGGCGUGGCGGGGGAGGCGACGCCGGCGGUGGAGUACGUGCAGAGUGACGUCGUCGUCGAUCCGCUGAUCGUGCUGCGCUGCGACCCGCGCGCGUUCAGGUGUCCCCCUGUGCUGGAGAUCGUGUUGCGUCUGCUGACGAGUUUCCUGGCGGCGUCGCGCGCGUACCUUUGCACGCACAUACAGUCGCAUCCGGUGCCGGAGAAGGCCGGGGCGGGAGCGGGCGACGUCGAGAGGGAGGAGCUGAAGAAUGCUCUUCUCGCGGCGCAGGAGAGCGCGGCCGUGCAGAUGCUGCUCGAGAUCUGUCUGCCCAACGCUGACGAGCGGAGUGACGACAGCCUGCUGUCUGACCUACAGGAGGUUCGCUGUAUCGUCUGCUCCUACCUACACCAGACGUUCAUCGCUGACCCCUUUCUGGCCAAGCUCGUCCACUUCCAGGGUUAUCGCUCUGAGCUCCUCCCCGUCACCGUAGCAGGCAUACCUAGCAUGCACAUCUGCCUCGACUUUAUUCCGGAACUGCUGAGUCAGCCUCAGCUCGAGAAGCAGAUAUUCGCCGUAGAGCUGACCUCUCACCUGUGCCUGCAGUACGCUCUACCCAAGUCGCUGAGUGUCGCCAGACUAGCUGUCAACGUGCUGUCAACCCUCCUCACGAUGCUGUCGAGUGACGUGUACGCAGACGUGUACAUUCCCGUCAUGCCGGCGAUGGUGCGCUUCUGCCGGGCGUUCCCCCCGCUGUGCGACGACGUCGUCGCCUUCCUCACCCAGCUUGCACAGAUGACGUCUGCUCACGUUGCCAUUAACAACAGCCACUCGCCCGUCACCAUAGAUGAACUGUGGAUGAGCGACUCGGACACGGAGAGCCCCAGGGGGCUCCCGAAGGACAGCCUCCUCUGCCACGCCGUCCACAAGGCCUUUACGGACAUCGUGCGAUCUAGCAAGAGCCUCGCGCUGUCGUAGUGUCGUACGCUCACACCGCGUUGGUCGUCAACAUGUACAUAAUGCGUGCACACCGGAUCCAUGCAUUGCAGCAAUGCCACAUAUAAAACUUAUGUAAAUACUACUCAAA